AUGGCCUCCUUCGACACAAAUGUUGAUCAUGGUGAGACACGAGCAAUGGAGAUCAAUGCAAUUGGGUGGGUCUUCACCGGAAUUUCAAUCGCAGCCGUUUCCUUGAAGCUAUUCGCUCGGAUUGAUAGCAAACGGUUCGGCUGGGAUGAUUUUUUUAUUGUUCUCUCGCUGGCUCUCAGUGUCAUUGCCACGGCAUUCGUUUCAUACUCGGUCACUCUUGGUCUAGGCCGGCACACUGCGACUGUAGUUUCCGAAUAUGGCAUUGAGAGAUAUGAACAAUCAGCCUACUGGCAGAUUAUUGCAUAUCCUUUCAACAUUGUCGGGUACUAA